AUGGGAGGGUUCUCGCUCAAUAAUCAGGUCGUAAUCGUGGCCGGUGGGUCGCAGGGACUCGGUAAAGAGUUUGCGCGAAAAUUCUACCUGCAGGGGUCCAAUACAACUACUAUUAUCGUCAGCAGAUCCCGCGGCAAGCUCGAACAAGCUGCUCGGGAAAUUUCGGGCGAACUAGUGGCACAGGAACUGACUGAAGGUUUGGAGGUGGUUCGUGAGGGCAACAAAAUACUAUUUGCGUCUUGCGAUGUGGCUGAUUACGCGCAGGUCGAGCGGUUGCGGUGUAAGAUAGCCUCUAGCUCACUGACGCCCACCGUGGUGCUUCUGUGUGCUGGUGGCUCACACCCGGGAUUUUUCAAAGAUCUGAAACCAGACGAGAUCGAAUUGGGUGUCAAAGUGAACUAUUUGACGUGCGCGAAUCUGGCCCAUGUCGCAGUGCGCCAUUGGCAGUCUGCCCAUCUUGUGUUCUUUUCGAGCGCAACAGCAUUUUUCCCUUUCAUUGGAUAUUCGCAAUAUGCGCCACAAAAGCAGUCUAUAAAGGCGCUGGUGGCUAUUUUACGCCAAGAAUGUUCUCAGCCGCGAAUUUCGUGCGUGUACCCAGGAAAUUUCGACAGCGAGGGUUACGCUCUUGAAAAUGAAACCAAACCAGAUAUUACCAGAGAGAUAGAGGGCCCUUCUGAGGCACUGUCGUGUGAGACGUGUUGUAAUAGGAUUGUCAAACAGUUACAACUGGGUUACGAUGAUAUUACAACGGAUUUCAUAGGCUGGGUCUUGAUGAGCACGGACAUGGGUAUGAAUAAACAAAAUAACGUUUCAAUUGGGUGGCCUUUGCAAUGGCUGUUGGGUAUUAUAGCGAACCUGAUAAUCGUUCCUGUAUACAUGCUCAUUUGCAAGUUCCAAAUAAAGAGGUGGCACAAGUCUUGUGAGAAAACCUCUUGA